UCAGGCAACGGGAGGUCCCAGGUCACCCUCCAAGUAGCCACCGCUUGCCUCCUGUCGCUGCUGAUCCUCUCGACCUUGCUGGGGAAUGCCCUGGUCUGCUCAGCCGUGGUCAAGUUCCGGCACCUGAGGUCCAAGGUGACCAAUUUUUUUGUCAUCUCGCUGGCGGUCUCCGACCUCCUUGUGGGGCUGCUGGUGAUGCCCUGGAAAGCCGCGGCCAAGGUGGCCGGCUUCUGGCCCUUUGGCGCCUUCUGUGACAUCUGGGUGGCAUUUGACAUCAUGUGUUCCACCGCGUCCAUCCUGAACUUGUGUAUGAUCAGUGUGGACAGGUAUUGGGCCAUAGCCAGGCCGUUCUGGUACGAGAGACGAAUGACCCAGCCGGUGGCUUUUGUGAUGAUUGGCACGGCCUGGGUCCUGUCCAUCUUGAUUUCCUUCAUCCCGGUGCAACUGAGUUGGCACAAAUCAGGGCAACCCCUCCAUCCGGUCAACUCCAGCGCCAGUGAGCCCCCCCGAGGCGACUGUGAUUCGCGCUUAAAUCGACCUUACGCCAUUUCAUCCUCGUUGGUUAGCUUCUACAUCCCAGUGGCAAUCAUGGUCACCACCUACACCCAGAUCUACAGGAUCGCCCAGAGACAGAUAAGGCAGAUUUCCUCCUUGGAGCGAGCCGUGGAACACGCUCAGGACUGCCGUGGGCAUGACUGUGCCCGUGAAACCUCACUCAAGACCUCUUUCAGAAAGGAAACCAAAGUCGUCAAAACUCUCUCCAUCAUCAUGGGCGUCUUCGUCUUUUGCUGGCUCCCCUUUUUUGUGCUCAACUGCCUGGUGCCCUUCUGUGCCAUGCGUGCCCAGCACGCGUGCGUGAGCGAGACCACCUUCAAUAUCUUCGUGUGGUUUGGCUGGGCAAACUCCUCCCUCAACCCCAUCAUCUACGCCUUCAACGCCGACUUCAGGAGGGCCUUCGUCACCAUCUUGGGUUGCCAUCAAUGGUGCCUCACCAACAACGUGGAGACAGUGAAUUUUAGCAAUGAGCUGGUGUCCUAUCACCACGAUACCACCUUUCAGAAAGACGUGAAGACUCUCAGUUACCCCCAGCUCCUCCCGCACGCCGUGCAAGAGGCGGACAAGGAUUGGACCUUUGACCACGUUUCCCAGAUCUCUCAAACAUCUCCAAACGCCACCAACGUCUUGCCCGUGGUUAUCAUUGUGGAAUGUGAGCCGGAAAUCUCCCUGGAAAAGAUCAUGCCCUUCACUCCCAAUGGGUUGGCAUGA